AUGAACAGCAGUUCGGACACGUCAGCGACGACGAUAGCUCCUUUCACCUUCCCCCUUCGAUACAAAUUCCCACCCUUUUUCAGUCUUCAACCGAAUAGCAACACGCACGCCACGCAACUCAAAAGAUGGUCGAAUCUGAUUCAAUCCUGGUGCCGGCACCACCGGAUCUACAAACUCACUCUCGUCGAGGCGGUCGAGUCGCCGCUUUUUCGGAACGCCGAGCUCCGAAAACAGCUGCAUCUAAGUGAUGCGCGGAUUGUGCUGGAUUGGAUGAGUAAAGGGGAUGAGGAGGGGGGCGGCGGGAGGAGGGCGGAGUGGAUUGAUGGGGGGAAUAAAGGGGCUGCCUGGAUUUGGUGGAGGAGGCCUGAGGAGUGGGCGGGUGCUAUUGCGGAAUGGGUUGAGAAUACGGGGCAGAAGAAUGUUGUUCUUACUGUUUAUGAGUUGAUUGAGGGUGAGGCGACUGUGUCGCAAGAAUGGCAUGGAAUGGACGCAGAAGUGAUGUUCAAGUCUCUUAACGUUCUCGUCAAGCAGGGCAAAGCGCAAGUCUUCGGUAGUGAAGGGCAAGAGGGUGUGAAAUUCUUCUAA